GCGCUGGGCAUGGAGCGUGUGCGGGGAGCUGGGGCCGUGCUGGCGGUGCUGGUGGUGCUGGGAGCCCCCCCGGCUGCGGGCGAGGAGCUGUCGGGGGUGUUCCAGUGGAUGGGAAAGGCCGAGUGUUACGUCAUCAACGGCACCGAGCGGGUGAGGUAUGUGGACAGGUACAUCUACAACCGGGAGCAGUUCGCCCACUUCGACAGCGAUGUGGGGGUCUAUGUGGGAGACACCCCGUAUGGAGAAUUCUGGGCCAGGCAAUGGAACAGCAACCCCAAAAUUCUGGAGUACGAACGGGGUGAAGUGGACAGGCUGUGCCGGCACAACUACAAACUUGGUGCUCCGUUCAUCGUGGAGAGGAGAGUGCCCCCCAGCGUGUCCAUCUCGCUGGUGCCGUCGAGCUCCCAGCCCGGCCCCGGCCGCCUGCUCUGCUCCGGGAUGGAUUUCUACCCUGCGCCGGUGCAGGUGAGGUGGUUCCAGGAUGGGCAGGAGGUGCCGGAGCACGUGGUGGCCACCGACGUGGUCCCCAACGGGGACUGGACCUACCAGGUGCUGGUGCUGCUGGAAAUCCCCCCCCGGCGCGGGGUCACCUACAGCUGCCAGGUGGAGCACGUCAGCCUGGAGCACCCCCUCAGCCGGCACUGGGAGAUGCCACCGGACACCGUCCGCAGCAAGAUCCUGGUGGGGGUCGGGGGCUUCGUCUUGGGCUUGGUCUUCCUGGCGCUGGGGCUCGGCUUCUACCUGCGGGAGAAGGUAAAGGGGGGUCCCCAAAUUGGGGGCGUGGCCCCCCCCUUGCUCUCCCACAGCCUCUGGGCCCCCCCUGCCCCCCCAGCCCCUUUGCUCUCACCCCCUUUUCUCUCCCCACAGAGCUCCUGA